CAAACGCUAGUGGUUUCCUUUUGUCGCAUCGCUUCGCUCCCUACCCUUGGGCUAGGGUUUUACUUGUGCGUCUUCUCCGAAAGCAAGCUAGGGUUUGUCCGUGUGGCAGAAUGGGAAGGUAUCGAAGCCGGAGCAGGAGCUAUAGCCCCCGGCGGCGAAGCAGGAGCCCACCGGCACCGCGCGGACGGAACCGCUAUGUCGACGAUCGCUACGGUGACAGCAGGUCUUACAGAGACCGCCGCUCACCUCUUCCUUCCGGCUUGCUUGUUCGCAAUCUUCCCCUUGAUGCCAGGCCUGAGGAUCUUAGGAUCCCAUUUGAGCGCUAUGGUCCUGUGAAGGAUGUUUAUCUACCUAAAAAUUACUACACUGGUGAGCCUCGCGGCUUUGGAUUUGUGAAAUAUCGAUAUGGUGAAGAUGCAGCUGAGGCAAAGCAACAUCUUAAUCAUACUAUCAUUGGUGGACGUGAAAUAAGGAUUGUUUUCGCUGAGGAAAACAGGAAAACUCCUCAAGAAAUGCGUGUUAACACUCGAGGAAGUGGUCGAUAUGGAGGUGGUAGAAGGAGGAAUCAUACUAGAUCCCCACGACGCCGAUAUCGUUCAUAUUCUCGGUCUCCAUCACCAGCUAGGGAUGAUUCAAGGGACGGCAGGGGUAGGGAUGAUUAUUAUUCUCCUGAGCGAUCAAGAUCUUAUUCUAGGUCUCUCUCUCCCAGUGGUGGGAAGGACUACAGGAAGUCCCCUCGUCUUAGGGAGAAUGGUCGGAGUCCUAAUGACAAGAAGGAUCAGACACCCAGCAGAUCCGAGAGUCCUAGGGGCAAUGAUCGUAGUCCUUCAAGGUCUCGUUCACGGUCAUACAGUCCACGCUGAUUUGUGAGCAGGCAGAGAUUGGAAUGUGGAAUGUGGAAUGUGGUUAAUUCGGUCUUUCCUGUGACCACAUACUGUAGCUAAAACUCAGACAUUUUGAAAGAUACAAAAAUUGUAGCUAAGCAAAGUCUGUGAUGUUAAUAUUAGUAUUCCGUAGGUGACAGACACCCCCAUCAGAAGGUAGUUUGACUUGGUGUGUCAUUUUGGAUGACUCAGAUUAGACUUUUUCAUCAGUUUACAAAUUUUCGGAUACUUGUUCAUGGAUUAUUUCUAUAUUUAUUUAUAUGGUUGGUUCAUCGUUAUAAGCU